UUCAGAAGAAACAGUUUGAAAACUUCACCUGCUCAUGUAUUACAACUCUCUACAUUCGUUGAGUGAUUGGGAAGACAGGACAAUAGACACAUAAUUUGUUUUCCACUUUGGUUACCGUCAGUAUCAUGCCCAGCAGAAUGGGAUCAAAAAUGAACAUGAAGAGGGAUUUUAUCAGAGUAAAAACUCAUUAUAAUGGGGACAUCCUCAUAACAAACCUGGGUGCAUCCAUGAACUAUGACGAACUGUGUGAUGAAGUGAGAGAGAUGUGCAGUCUGCAGCAGGAGCAACCGAUUACCCUUAAGUGGAUUGAUAAUGAAGGUGAUCCAUGCACCAUUUCGUCGCAGAUGGAGCUGGAAGAAGCGUUCCGCUUGUACUGUCAACACAAGGAUGAAGGUCUCAUCAUUCAUGUCUUCCCCAGCAUUCCAGAAAAGCCAGGGAUGCCCUGUCCAGGAGAAGACCAAUCCAUCUACCGACGCGGAGCCAGAAGAUGGAGGAAGCUGUACAGAGUGAAUGGGCAUUUGUUUCAGGCCAAGCGCUUUAACAGGAGAGCAUACUGCGGCCAGUGCAGCGAAAGGAUAUGGGGGCUCGGAAGGCAAGGCUACAAGUGUAUCAACUGCAAGCUGUUGGUCCAUAAACGCUGCCACGUCCUCGUCCCACUGACCUGCAAAAGGCAUAUGGAUUCUGUGAUGCCUUCCCAGGAACCUCAGUUAGACGAUAAAAAUGAUGAAGUUGACAUCCCUACAGAAGAGAAUGACGGAAUACCUUAUAUUCCUUCAGCCCGGAAACAUGACAAUAUUAAAGAUGAUUCUGAGGAACUCAAGCCAGUUAUUGAUGGAAUGGAUGGAAUUAAGAUCUCUCAAGGGCUGAGUCUACAGGACUUUGAUCUCAUCAGAGUUAUUGGACGAGGAAGCUAUGCCAAAGUUCUUUUAGUACGGUUAAAAAAGAAUGAUCAGAUUUAUGCGAUGAAAGUGGUGAAGAAGGAAUUAGUCCACGAUGAUGAGGACAUCGAUUGGGUGCAGACGGAAAAGCACGUGUUUGAACAGGCAUCCAGUAACCCCUUCCUGGUCGGCUUACAUUCCUGCUUUCAGACAGCGAGUCGGUUGUUUCUUGUUAUAGAAUACGUGAAUGGGGGUGACCUCAUGUUUCAUAUGCAACGGCAAAGAAAACUCCCAGAGGAACAUGCAAGGUUUUAUGCUGCCGAAAUCUGUAUUGCUCUCAACUUCCUGCAUGAGAGAGGUAUAAUCUACAGAGAUUUGAAACUAGACAACGUUCUCCUGGACGCAGAAGGUCAUAUCAAGCUAACAGACUAUGGCAUGUGCAAGGAAGGAUUGGGUCCCGGUGACACUACAAGCACUUUCUGCGGAACGCCAAAUUACAUCGCCCCAGAGAUUCUGCGUGGAGAAGAGUAUGGGUUUAGUGUGGACUGGUGGGCACUAGGUGUCUUAAUGUUUGAGAUGAUGGCAGGAAGAUCUCCCUUCGAUAUCAUCACCGACAAUCCGGAUAUGAACACUGAAGAUUACCUCUUCCAAGUUAUCCUUGAAAAACCAAUCCGAAUUCCAAGAUUCCUUUCUGUUAAGGCCUCUCAUGUCUUGAAAGGAUUUUUAAAUAAGGAUCCCAAAGAGAGGCUUGGAUGCCAACUACAAACUGGAUUUUCCGACAUCAAGUCUCACACAUUCUUUCGCAGCAUAGACUGGGAUCUGCUGGAAAAGAAGCAAGUGACCCCUCCGUUCCAGCCCCAGAUCACGGACGACUACGGCUUGGAUAACUUCGAUACGCAGUUCACCAGCGAACCCGUGCAGCUCACUCCAGAUGAUGAAGAUGUAAUAAAGAGAAUAGACCAGUCGGAGUUUGAAGGAUUCGAAUAUAUUAAUCCACUGUUGCUGUCAGCUGAGGAAACAGUAUGAGAGCUUGGCAUCUCCAUAGAGGACAAACCAUGUGAAUGAACUUUGACAUUUAAUCCUUAACAACAGUAUAUGCAUGCAAGGCUGGGGGUAAACUGUAAGGUUUUAAGUGGAAACCAAUGAUGAAAAAAUUGCUGCUGAAAAAUCAAAACAACAUGAUUUUGGUGGGUGUCUUCCUCUAUUUUUUAAAAAUAAAGUUUGGGGCACUGACAGAGCUGGCUUCACGAAGAAAUCUGCAUUUCGUGCCUGCUUCAUCAAGGAUCAGUGGUUCGUUGCAUCCUUGGGAGAGAGAGAUUCCAAAACACUUUCGAAGUGCAUGUUUCUGAUGGACAUUUUCAUGCAACAGCCUCCUAGAACAGUGUAACAUCCUGAAGAAUAAAAUUGUUAGUGGUGUUGAAGCUUA